AUGUCUUCGGCGGAACGGUAUAGCAUUAGUCACUUAAGUGUCCUAUACGGCCAUGUUACGUCUUAAAUGACUUCGGGCUCCGUUUAUAUGGAAGUCGUUCACAACUUUUUCAUUGAAAUGGUAAUUUGGUCGAUGACGGCCUGUGCAUGAAUUUGUCAUGCAGUGAUCGCUGAUGGCAUUCAAGCGACACUUUCUACAAUGGACUUUUUAUAAGUCACCGCAUUGUCUGUUAUAAGUCUUUGAUAGGAGUACACAUGCAUGACAUGAUCACCUGUGUCAUUGUCAGCUAUAUGUCGUUAAGGAUUCACAGCAAGUGCGGCGAUGUCACUAAAUCCUCAUUAGUGACGAUGUCACCUAUCAGCUAUUUUGAUAACGAUGCGCUUUAUCAAGAAAACUUCUUAGAUAGGCUGAAGUCAUUGAAAUAUCUUAAAAACUCAGCUACCUAUAAAUGAGAUUAUGCAAUUCGUCUAUCCAAACAGUGAAGAAUGGGAGAAUCUCUUGAAGUACUUAGACAACGAUCCAGAAUAUAUACGUGAACAAGCAUUUGAGGGGGACUUGAAAGUCUCAAAGUUUCGUAGUAUAUAUUGGUCGUUAUUGCUACGUGUUUUAAACCCAGAUUACCGCAAUUGGAAAGAACAAAGAGGAAAGCAAAGGAAAAGGUAUGAGAAACUCAAAGACGAGUUUAUAAAAGAUCCACAUGAUAUUGCAGUGCCUGAUGACAAUCCACUAUCGCAAUCGGAAGAGAGCGUGUGGAACCAGUAUUUCAGUGAUCAAGAACUUUUCGCUGUUAUAAGUCAAGAUGUCAUUCGAACAUUUCCAGGCGUGGACUUCUUUCGUAAGAAAAUCAUUCAAGAUGCCAUGUGCAAUAUUCUUUUCUAUUAUGCACGGGAACACCCGUAUAUGUGCUACCGCCAAGGAAUGCAUGAAAUUCUUGCACCUAUUUUAUUUGUUUUGUAUGGUGAUCAGCAAUCACUGCUGCAUUUUUCAGAAAUAUCUCAGCAUCAAACCAGUGACCUUUUGUUGAGCGUACUUGAUCCAAAUUAUUUGGAAGCUGAUUCUUACUCUUUGUUUUCGCGCUUGAUGUCAUCUAUCGAGUCGUAUUAUCGAAUAAAAAGCUUUGUGCAGCCUCCCAAUGAAUGUGUUGCUUCGGACGGUGAUUCAAAGCCAGCAUUGGGACCCGGUGUGGAAGUCAUAAGUCAACUAAAUUCCAUACGCGAGAAAAUUCUUGCCAAGGAAGAUUUACAUUUGCACAAUUACCUGCUGAAACUUGAUAUACCGCUACAUAUAUUUGGAAUCCGUUGGCUUCGUCUACUCUUCGGUCGAGAAUUUCCACUCCUUGACUUGCUGGUUAUUUGGGAUGCAAUUUUCGCAGAUAGUGACCACUUCGACUUGCCAAACUACAUUCUAGUAGCAAUGCUGAUACGUAUUAGAGAUAAAUUGCUUUUGAGUGAUCAGACAACUUGCCUUACCUACCUAAUGCGUUAUCCCACCAAUGUGGAUGUAAAUUUAAUUCUACGUCAUGCUUUGCAUAUGAUUAUGCCAAAAAGAUUUGAACGUCCUUCAAAUGCCUUUGUUUACUUUACGGUCCACAAGCAAACUGCUGGUGCAUUGAGGAAGACUGGAGCCAACAAAUCACCGGCACCGCAAAACUCGCUCAAAUCAAGUAGUUCUUAUGAAACAAAAGAGCAUUUUAGCAAACUCCAAAAUAGUGGUACAGUUUCUACUGCUGAUAAUUUGUCUAAAAUGAAGCAACAAAUAGGCAAAUUACAAACACAAAAUGCUGUAGACUCUGCUGCAAUAUCGAGAUUAAGAAAAGAUGUCCCUGAGGAAUCAAGCGCCAUCGCAGAAGGAUAUUCGAAAAAUAGUCAAGAUCUUAUCAACUUGGAAUUGAAGAAUGCUCAAACAAUAAUUUCUAUAGCACGGAAUAAACUUCAAGCAUAUGUAACCACUAUCAGAGGUCAUCUUCCGGGAAGCAGCUCUAAAGAGAUGGUGCAGGCAUUGGACGGUAUUGAUGAAUUAUGCAGUUUUCUAGAUGUCAAAUUUAUGUUUCCAAUUCAUGCGACCAGACCCCCAAUCGAUGAAGCAUUGGAAGCCAACGAACAGGUUACUUUGCGAAAAGGUCAUAGGAAAAAAGAUGGCAAUGGAGAUGGUAUAAGUAUAGCCGGUGUUAGCUCUAAACAAGCUUCAACCAUUGGAACUAGCAAAGAAAAUAAAAAGCAACACCCAACUGGUGCAAAUGAAGAUUCCUUUUCUCAAUCCGCAAUAAGUGUGCACGCCUAUGUGCGGCCCGAGGAACACACAUCGCUGUCGCCAUCACAUUUGUUAGGCGGUGUUCGUGAAAUUGAAUUAUUAACCAUUGUACCUUCCGAAUGCGUUGUUGAACCAGUCGAUGUUAGCCAACCAAAAACUGAGUGGAACCAUGCAGAUGCUUCACAAUGUGCUAUGAACAUGAAAUCUCCAAAAAUUCAACAUAGCAAAUGACUAUGUGUGUGCAUAGUAUUUUUAAGUCUAAAAGUAUGUAUCUUUAUUAUUACUAAAGAGGUAUAAGUUGUUACUAAGUAACUAUUAAGUAUAAAAUGUCUCACAAAAUUUUAUUGCGCUCGCUGGUUUGCAAAGUCUUUUUAAAUUUUGUUGCCUUAGUUAAAAUUUUUUUAUAUAAAUCAGGUUAAAGUUUUAGAGCUUUUGUAUCUAAUUAAGUCACAAUGUUAAAAUUUCGCCUGGAGAGAAAUGAACAUAUUUGGACUGAUAUGAGUAAAUGAUUUUGGCCAGCCAUUAAAAAGAAAAUACAUAAUGAAGAUUUCCAUGAAGGGUA